AUGUCCUUUCUCGGUGGCGCGGAGUGCUCCACGGCGGGAAACCCUCUCACGCAGUUUACCAAACAUGUCCAGGAUGACAAGUCCUUACAGCGAGACCGGCUGGUCGGCCGCGGACCGGGAAUGCAAGAAGGCAUGCGAUCUCAUGGUAUGAUGGGCGGACAAGACCAGAUGAUGAAUGAAUUUAUGCAGCAACCAGGAGAACAAUUAAAUGGACCUUCCCCACAACCCUUCGCCAUGGAGCAUAUGCGCCGCGAGCUCGAGAAUUUCCAGACUGCCUCGCCCCGCACGGGCUCCCCCGGUUGGGCGGCGGAGUUCGACCCCGGUGAACAAGCCCGCAUGGAGGCCGCCUUCCCCGGUGCACAAAUGAACAAUGGGUCUGGGUUCUCGCAGGCGGAAUUUGCCCGCUUCCAGCAGCAGAAUCGCAUGGGCAUGCCGCAAACUUCCAGUCCCGCUACCGCAGCGCAGCAACCCAUGAUGUCGGGGUAUCAGCAACCGAUGGGAAUGGGAGGAAUGUACAAUGGAAUGGGCGGAAUGGGAAUGAUGCGGCCCAUGGGUGGUAUGGGUGGUCCGAUGCAGCAGCAGCAGCCCAUGGAAGGUACGACACAAGACAAGGGCAAGGGCCGAAUGGUGGAGUUGGAUGACGAGAACUGGGAGGCACAGUUUGCUGAGAUGGAUACGGUUGGGAAUGAAACUCAGACGGACGAGGAAGCUAAUGCAGCUAUGGAGGCGGAGUUGAAUGAGUUGGACAGGUCAGUCCCCACCUCCAAUGAUGCCUUUGAGUCCGUGUGGCAGCGAGCAGAAGCUGAGACUGCGGCGAGCAGAAAACUGGCGGACGAUUUUGAGGUGACAGAUAGUAUUCAUGUGGGUGACGGGGGUGACUGGGAAGGCUUUGACAGUCUGAACACACGAUUCCGUGAUCCCACGCUGGGCGAUUACAUGUUUGAAGAAGAUAAUGUGUAUCAGUCAGUGACCAAUCCGUUCGAAGAGGGUGUCAAGAUUAUGCGAGAGGGAGGUAACCUCUCAUUGGCGGCCCUUGCCUUUGAGGCUGCUGUUCAGAAGGAUCCGCAGCAUGUGCAAGCAUGGACAAUGUUAGGCUCAGCGCAAGCUCAAAAUGAAAAGGAGUUGCCUGCAAUCCGGGCUCUAGAACAGACACUCAAGACCGACCCCGGCAACCUGGACGCAUUGAUGGGUCUGGCCGUUUCAUACACCAAUGAAGGCUACGACUCUACUGCCUACCGGACGCUGGAGCGCUGGUUGUCUAAUAAAUACCCAUCAAUUAUUGACCCCCAGGAGAUCUCUGGCGAUGCAGACCUCGGAUUCACAGAUCGACAGCUUUUGCAUGAACGUGUUACAGAGCUUUUUAUCCAAGCAGCACAACUCUCCCCGUCAGGUGCGCAGAUGGACCCCGACGUGCAAGUCGGCUUGGGUGUAUUGUUUUAUUGCGCCGAGGAGUACGAGAAGGCAGUUGACUGUUUCUCCGCUGCCCUGGCUUCUACCGAGUCCGGUACUACCAACCAACGUGAACAAUUGCAUCUACUCUGGAACCGUCUCGGUGCCACUCUCGCCAACUCUGGCCGUUCCGAGGAGGCCAUUGAAGCUUAUGAGCAGGCUCUCACCAUCAACCCUAACUUCGUUCGUGCCCGUUACAACCUCGGUGUCUCUUGUAUCAACAUCGGUUGCUACCCUGAAGCCGCACAGCAUCUUCUGGGCGCUUUGUCUAUGCACCGCGUGGUCGAGCAAGAAGGUCGCGAGCGUGCCCGCGAGAUUAUCGGUGGUGGUGACGCCCCUGAUGGACUGGAUGAUGAACGUCUUGAGCGCAUGCUACACAUUAGCCAGAACCAAAGCACAAACUUGUACGACACACUCCGUCGCGUUUUCAGCCAGAUGGGCCGACGUGACCUGGCUGACCAGGUUACUGCUGGCAUGGACGUGAACAUUUUCCGCAAGGAAUUUGAAUUUUAA